UCUCUUCAAGACUUAAUUGUUACUAUUUGCAGGUCAAGAAAUUUCGGACGAUCAAGAUGAAGGAAGAUGAAUGAGAGAGAGAGAGAGAAAGAUGGAGAGGGAGCAAGGUGAUGGUAAAGGGUCUGCCCGUUGAUCUGAGUAGGAGGAAUUAUCAACAUGAAUAGUUAGUUACUUGUUUUCUUAUCGUCAUUCCUGAAACAUGAAAUGAUGAGACUCGAUGUUCAUUAAGAAACUGGAUUAGCUUGAUUGUUAUUAACAGACACAUUAAUUUGUAACUCGCCUAACCAGUCAAACUAAUUGAAGUUUAUUGAUAAUUUUUGUUAACCUCUUGUUAAUCAACAUUUGACCGUCAUAAGAAUUAAUCAUGAGGAGUUUAAAUUUAAUUAUCGUCGUGUUUUUAUUCACUUGUGUCCACUCAUGUUCGUCAAUUAAACGUCAAUACAAAAUAAAUCGAAAGUUUGAGGAUUCGUCUUACAAGGGAACAUUAUUUUCGUCCUCCAGUCGAAUCAACGGAUUAAAGUUCUAUCCACCUAAGUAUUCAUCGAAUGUCCCGAACAACGGAGCUUCGAAUGCUUCGUUGGAAGAAUCUUUCGAAGAGCAUCUUUACAAUUCUCUUGGUGAUCAAUUAAAAGCUAAUCUUCGAACUGGAUUAAGUGAUCUUAAUAUUCCUUCAGUUGAUCCUCAUCGAAUUGAUAAAAUUCAAUUCGAACCUUUAAUCAGUGGUGAUCCUUUUGUGAUUUAUUUGAAGAAUUUCCGUUUAACUGGAUUAUCCAAUUUCAUGGUGAGAGAAUUAAGUUCGAAAUUAAGUGAACUUCGAUUUCAAAUUGGCCUUUUGUUCCCAAAAUUGGAAGCCGAAUGUCAAUAUGCUGUUAACGGAACUUUGUACAGUGUGUUAGAUGUCCACGGAUCGGGAAUCGGGUCUAUCGAGUAUACGGAUGUUUUUGUCCGUACAACGGUUAAUCUUGAUCUAAUCAAUUCGACGUUAAAUUUUUCUUCAGCUGAUCCACCUUAUGUUGAUUUCUCUCGAUCAACAAUAUCAUUAAAAUCGGUUGAUGGAAGGAUGAAUUUACCUUCAAAUUCAAUCUCAGGUGAAGUUGGUCCAGUUCUGUUCUGGAUGUUGGCCGAUGAAUUAGUUCAAUCACUCGAACCUCAUGCAUCUAAUUACAUCAAUUCCGUUGUAAAGAAGUUCAAUGUUCCAAGUAACUUUAAACCAGCGGUCACUUGGCUGGUUAAACGAAAUUCACCUUCAUCCAAUUUCCUUUUCCGUCGCUUCUCCCCAAUCUCCUUAUUGUCCAAUGUUUUCCAUGUAUUUUCAAGUGUCAAACACGGAAUUAACUUACCAGUGGUUAUUGAGAAUAUUCGAAACAUCCGAUCCAAUUUUAGAACAAAUUUACGAAGGUUUCUCUAAUUCGAAACUCGAAAUGUCUCAAAUUCGCUAAAAAAAUUUAAACAAUUAUUUAUUUAAUUAUUUCCAUUUCUAACUUGUCAAUAUCAAAAUCUCUCUCCAUCUAAAUAUUUAUUCAAUCAAUAAAUGAAACUCACACCAAUGUAAAUUAAAAGGCUGUUUAAUUAAUCAAGAGAAGAAGAAGAAAAAAGUUCUAAUAAUUAUCCAAACUCUGCAAUCAAAUUAACUUUCAAAUGCAUAGUGAUAAUUGAUGACUCUAAAUGAACUGUAAUUCUGACUGUUGAUUAACUGAAUGACCUGAAAAUGUAAGCGAUUGACAUUGAUAGCCUGUUAACCUAAUCUGAAAAGAGCUGAGAAAAAGAAAUGGAUUAAGACUCUGGAUUGAUAAUCUUCAAUGAGUCCUCAUCCUGAUCCUCCCACCCAAAUGCUGAUGAUAAUCCCCACUGAUUAUCUAUGAAACCAUAAAGGGAACGCAAUUAAAAUUGUAACAUUUUCCAAACUAAAUUAGU